CCUUUACACCCUUCGUAAAAGUAAAUGUUUGUCCGUGAGCUGGCAAGACACAUUGUUCCAUCACUUAACGAGCGGUCGGGCUGCGUUUGUGAUUAACUGGGUUCGACAGAAUAUGAUUCCCUCAGUUGUGGAGCGCCGCCGUGCCAAAGAGGAAAAGAACUCGUAUGCAUAUACUCUCUAAUCAAAUUAGUUGUCGCUCGUCACUGCAACGGUAGAAGUCUGAGCAGAAAUUCAGAGCAGGAUCAGUGUAACAACGAAAGGAAUCAACCAGUAGGAUCCAUUUAUUUGGGACUUGCCUUCUUGGCCGGAACGUGUAUUGGUGUGCAUUAUCACAUUUCGUUGCGGAUGACAGAGAAAGGAAGAGUUGUGUUUGUGUUAGAGUGCGUUUUUAGCCCGCCGUACACUAAGGAGUGAAAAAUUUUCCUGAUAAUUCCGUUCUGCUUUUGCCCGGCGUGAUAAGCGGGUGCACUUUCAAGAGUCGUGUCAUCCUUCCACAAUCGCGUAGCUUACGCACCUCUCGGUGAGAACUAAUUCGCCGACCAGUUUAUUCGGAUCAUAUCAGCAUUAAUAGCCAAUCGUCUCCAUCCCGGGUUAGCUGUGCGACAACGGAACGCAUUUGGACAGGAAGUGAUAAUCUGUGGGGCAGUUUCCACGACACGACUUCGUUCGCGUGUGCCAGUGUUUAGUCAAGUUAAUCGAGUGUAGGGAGUCAAGUUGUGGGCGUAGAGAGUAACGGGGAGCAACGCCCGAAAUUCGACGUUAACAAAUUAACAAGCAUGAUGGCCGAAGCGGAUAACACGGCGGAUGCAACGCGACGACUGAAUGUCAAGAAACAAACUCUCGACGAUGCGUAUGCGAUUCCGGCCAACUUUCUCGAGAUCGACGUCGUGAAUCCUAUGACCACCAUAGCGGCCGGAAAGAAACGCUACACUGAUUACGAAGUACGAAUGCGGACAAAUCUGCCGGUGUUUAAAGUAAAAGAAUCCAGCGUACGCCGCCGGUACAGUGAUUUCGAGUGGCUGAGGAACGAAUUGGAGCGGGACAGUAAGAUUGUGGUACCUCCGUUACCUGGCAAAGCAUGGAAACGUCAGAUGCCAUUCCGAGGCGAUGACGGAAUAUUCGACGAAAACUUUAUCGAAGAGCGGCGAAAGGGUCUUGAGCAGUUCAUCAACAAAAUAGCGGGUCACCCGCUGGCACAGAAUGAACGGUGUUUGCAUAUGUUCCUGCAGGAGCCUGCCAUUGAUAAAAAUUAUGUGCCCGGUAAAAUACGUAACACAUAAAACGACGAAAGUGGCGCGGCAGGGGGUAAAUUGGUUGAACAGGUUGGUACAUGGGGAUUCAAAACAAAAAUACAGAAGAACCGAGAAAGGGUUGCAAUAUUCCGUUUGGAUAGUGAAAAGCUCACGCUGGAAUUUAUUGUCAUCAAACCGACGGGACAACGAAGCAAAAUGUCCCACGCAAACCUGGUGGUGAUGUGAGGAUGAUGCCACUUCAUUGUACGAGGGAACGGGUGCAACAAUAUAUGCACGCGCUGUUCUCUCUUUUCCCGAUAACAAUCACAUAUAAUUUGUCAUUGACUAAGUGUUGUUGUUAAAAAAAAUAUGUUGGCCACGUAUACAAUUUCCUUCAUUAUGUGCGUUUUCUCGUAGAUUGGUUCCCCAGUUAGGUAACCUUUCUAACUUUAGGUAAAUUGACACAAUCUAGGUUAGAGCAUAGAGAUCAGGAACAGAAAACCAACAGACUAUUUUAUACGAGCACGCGUCAGAGCAGGCCAAGAGAACUACAACCCUGGCACGCGCGUAAAUGGCAAAUUAUUGUUUGAAGCGCAGUCAAAAACGGUGUUUCCAACGAACAGCAAAAGUGAUAAAAGAGUAACACAUUCAAUAGUUAGGUACGAAUUCAUCUUGCUAGAAUGAAUUGUAAUAUAUGGUAAAAGAACGAAGCGGACGAAGUUACAACCAAGUUAAGCAGUUCCCAACAAUGUCUGCUUAUCUUCUGUCUCCGUGCGGUAGACAUUCUGUAGCACAGCCGAACAGAAGUCUCUCAGUAGCGGAAGAAAACGAAGCAACAAUAAAGAAAUUAAAACUAACAAAACACAUUGGCGAAAUAUCGUCCAGCAAGAUGCACUCGUGAUGGUCGCGUUACUAGACGCCGUCUUGAAUAUUCGGAAAAGCGCGCGAUGGUAACUGCGAAGCUAUAGGCGAGGGUGGAUAACUCCAAAAGGUUGGAUGCUGGUCAUAAAGCAGAAGAGAAACAGAUAAAACCGAUCAUGUGAAGCGGGAAGCAUGAUAUACAAAACUCAUCAUAAGGGAUGGGCGUAUUUGGAACUAGCCCGAAGAUCCCGCGUCUCAGUGGCAUCAUUGCCUACUUUCGUAGGAUCAUGGUAUGUUUCGUUUUAUAGGUCCCAUAGAAAUUGCAGCAACAAAAGAACGACAAAUUAUUCAACCAGAAGAAAACAGAGCAUCAUUCAAUAUUGUCUGCUUCAACUUUUCCGUUUCAUCUACUUUAUGCUGACGCAAAACGGCAAUGAGAACUGAUAUUCAAUAGCAGUGUGAGCAAUACAUUGAAACAAGAUGUAACCAUAUAUUACUGGAAACCUCGUAGCCAGUUCAAUACAGAACGCAUAAACUCUUGACGCACGCUGCCUCCCCCGCGAAUUUAUCCCAAUUCCGAAUUGAUUCGGAAACAAAAUAGAACUGUUUCUGUGUGGCUAUUCAUCUGACCUCCAAAGGCGAAGGAAACAAAUCAAAACAUUCAGUCAAUGCCGUGAUUUGCCUUUGAUUUAGAAUUCGGAACUGUACAGCCACCUUCGAUUAACCUGCGAAAAUAUACAAAACUGGGCAAAUAGACUAACGCCGGUCGAUGCCGCAUGCCGUGUCCCUUCUGUGUUGCAGGAAAACAGUGUGACCAAUUGAUAAACAACACAGAGUGAAUCUCGGAAAUGAUCCAGAGAAAUGAGAACGGAUAAAUAAAAAAACCAACAA